AUUAAGGAAAACUUGGAGCCACUUCGAUUUAAAAAAUAAUAAUAAGACCACCGAACUAUUUGAAACUGUUAGGGCGUGUUAAACGAUUUUUUCUGGUCCCAAAUUCAAAAUGCUUCCAAAAGUUCGUGGCAAUAUGUACUCUACUCAUGUAUCUGAUAACAACUGAUAACUUUAUUUUCAAACAGACCUUCAAAAAAAAACCCAGAAUAUUGACUACAACAUGUUUAAACGCUUUAUACGAUUGGGACGUAAGUGCUACAUCACGUUUGGUAUAUACCUCCCAAAGUUACCCUGAGCUUAUAGACCACUCGUUAUCCAAUGAAAUACGUUUUGUUGAAUGUUUGGCUACUUUCGAGAUACGAUUAGCACACUAUUUUAGCCCCGUGCUAGGCUCGACACGUUUCCCUCAGUCGGGGAACACCAAAAUCAGUUGUUGAACGUCUUUUCGUGUCGAGCAAAGUGGAUCGCAAACAUGUUGCACGCAUUGAUUUUAAUUGUUUUUGUCACUACAGUCUCAGGAACGGGUGAUGCGGAAUCGGAACGAAUCGCAGGGGGAAAUCGUGUGAACAGCACGGAGCAAUUUCCGUUCGUCGUUUCAAUCUCUUAUCGAUAUCAACACAUCUGUGGUGGAUUUAUUUAUAACGCCAGGUGGAUUGUUACCGCAGCAUCUUGCGUCAUGGGAAAAUCUCAUAGGGAGUUGAAUGUAACCAUCGGUGCGGGCUCACUUAUCACUCCCGAACCGGAGGAACAGUCCAUCAGCAUAGCCGACCUGUUUACGUUUAAUGGUUUUAAUCAAGCGUCUUUGAUUCACGAUAUCGCGCUGAUUGAGCUAUCGCUACCGAUCGUGUUUCGCAGUACAGCUCAACCUAUUCGCUAUAGCACAAUCGACGAACUUGCGCAACCACUCGAAGCGACCAUCAUCGGAUGGGGAGCGUCUUUUGAAGGAGGACCUCCAUCUACUCGACUUCUAUGCGGCACUAUCGAUAACCUUCACGCUGAUUGCAGUGCGUACAACGUUGAUGAGUACACGGAGGAUUUUAUGAUUUGUGCUGGCUCCGAAUCAGGAACUGUCGCACCUUGCCAAUUUGAUGAAGGAUCACCGUUGGUACAAGAAACUAAUGUUGAAGGGAAUGCGGAGUUGAUAGCGAUUGGAAUCAUGUCGAAGAAUCAAGGCUGUUCAAAUGCUAUGAUUCCAACGAUUUACACUCGUCUGUCGGCCUAUUCCUCCUGGUUUAUUCAAACCGCAGGUCCUCAAGUCACCCAUAGUGGCUUUGCCUAACAGUUUUAAAUGUGUUGAUUUAUACAUUCUUGUGUACGAAGACAUUGAUGACCACUCCGAUUGCCAUUUCUGUGAAUUAACAAAUUGGUGAAACCAUUGUAAAAAAUAAAAAUAAAAUUAUUUUGAGAGGAAAA